UGGAACGAGUCCGCCCGCAUAAACACGCGCGGAGGGUGGGGUGGGGGGCCUGACCAUUAGUACCAUUUAAGUUUCCGAAGCUGGGAGGCUAACGCGAGCGGCCAGCCCUUCUCAUUACGGCCGGGAGCCGCACCCUCGACCCCAGCGGCCGGCUCUGCAGGCGCCCGAGGCCUGCCAGGCGAGACAACACCUGCCUCUCGCCUCCGCCGCUCGCAGGGGUGGCGACGUCCUUUAAGAAGAGCGCCCAGACGGCCCCAGCCGGCAUUGCAGGAGCCGCGCUCUCAGCCCCAGCAAGCUACGGAAGGUCUGCCCGCGGCCUCCCUUCUCUCCAUUAGGUAACCGCUGCGAUGUCCGGGGCCGCUGCCAGGCCGCUGUCGGGGCAGGUAUGUCUGGUGACAGGCGCCUCCCGGGGCAUAGGGAAGGGCAUCGCGCUGCAGCUGUCGGAGGCGGGCGGCACGGUCUACAUCACGGGCCGGCAGCGAGAGGCGCUGGAGAAAACGGCGGCCGAGGUGCAAGGCCGGGGCGGGCGGUGCGUGCCGGUGGUGUGCGACUCCUCUAGCGAAGAAGAGGUGGCGGCGCUGUUCGAGCGCCUCAAGCAGGAGCAGGCCGGCCGCCUGGACUUGCUGGUCAACAAUGCCUUCUCUGGAGUGAGCGCCCUCAGCAAGGAGAUGGGCACGCCGUUUUGGGAGAGCCCUCCCACCCUCUGGGACGACAUCAACAACGCAGGCCUCAGAGGCCACUACAUCUUCUCAGUUCAUGCAGCCCGCCUCAUGGUGCCUGCUGGGCGGGGGCUCAUUGUCAUCAUCUCCUCCCCUGGUGGGCUGCGGUACAUGUUUGAUGUGCCCUAUGGUGUGGGCAAGGCCGCCUGCGACCGUCUGGCCGCUGACUGUGCCGUGGAGUUACGUUCCUUUGGUGUGGCCUGUGUGGCACUGUGGCCUGGCCUCGUCCGCACCGAAAGCUUAGAGAAGGAAGCGGAAGUCCAGUCUGGGCCUGUGUAUGAGAAGCUGAGGGAAAAGUUGCCCAUCAUCGCAGAGAGCAUUGAAGUGAGUGGGAAGUGUGUGGUUGGCCUGGCCACAGACCCCCACAUCAUGCAGCACAGUGGCAAAGUUAUGUUGAGCCCAGAACUUGCCCAACGCUACCAGUUCAAGGAUGUGGAUGGGAAGGAUGUCUUCAACUACAUUUCAGUCCGCAAUAUCCUUACAGAACUGAUGCCCAAACUGUCAGUCUUCUUUCGCCUCAUUCCAGGGUUCAUCACAAUCCCUAAAUGGGUUCUUGCCUUGUAUUCCAGCAAGUUCUCAGUAUAUCCACCCAUUCAGCCACUUUCCUUGAAAUCAAGCAAAAAAGCCUGAUUAUAUAUCUCAUACUAAGAAGUAGGAGUAUCUUCUGUUAACUUCUUUCUAAUGUAAAGAAUUUUAUCCAGAUUUGAAGCUUUCCCGUCUGGUGAACUGCUUACCACUAAUUUUUCCCCGUAUGAAUUGAGGACAUUUCCUAAUUUGAAAACCAAUUUGAGGCAGAAUUUGAAGUUGCUUUCUCUGUGAAAGUGUGCUUACUCAAAUUCUCCACCACAUCAAAUAGAAUAUACUUUUGAGGAAACAUCUAAAGAUUUAAUAAUUCCUUAAGGCUUGAUAGCAGCAGUUCUCUCUCUGUAUUAUCUUGCUUGCUUGCAUUGUUGCAAUAGAAAAUAGCAUUAGAGUGUUCCAUAACUAUUCAUGUAUUUUAGCUGAUACUCAUUCUGCUAUUAAAUAUAUUUGAAUUGGCA